CGAUGUUACACAACAAAACAAAAACUUGUCAAACUCUGCAAGACGUCCGAGUGAUUUCGCUUUUUUACGGGAACGGAAUCAGUCAAAAUAGAUUUAUUUGUGGAAGUUUUAUCAAUCUUUUGUCCGGAAAAAAGUUCGUACUUCGAAUUGAGAUUUGUGUCGUGUUCACUAUGUAAGCUGCGAAACUGUUAGGAAAUUUGAAAAGCCUUCGUGCGUAUCAUUUACGUACCACCGGGUGUCCUUGAACAUUAGUUCCUUUCUCCGUUCGACUUGAGGCGGCAAUGAAGAUCCCUCUGUUCUUCAAGUCGCUGCUGUUGAGCAUCCCGGUUGGGGUCACAUUCUUCGAUUGUGUCGGUUACGUUGCCCGAGUGGAGGGCAUCUCGAUGCAGCCGGCCCUCAAUCCGGACGGAAGUCCUGCGACUGAUUAUGUGUUCCUGUCCCGCUGGGCGGUCCGAAAUAUGGACGUUGAGCGGGGUGACGUAAUUUCACUGGUUUCGCCCAAGGAUCCGGGCCAGAAGAUCAUCAAACGGAUUGUAGGUCUGCAAGGCGAUGUCAUUUCCACACUUGGCUACAAGGUACCCUAUGUGAAAGUCCCGGAAGGACAUUGCUGGAUCGAAGGCGAUCACACAGGCAACUCUUUGGAUAGUAAUUCAUUUGGGCCCGUUUCGCUUGGACUGAUAACCGCCCGGGCCACGCAGAUCGUUUGGCCACCGUCACGCUGGCAAACGUUACACUCACAGAUUCCCAAAACGCGACAUCCCAUAUCACUCGGAAAAUCAACGAAUUCGACCAGCAGUAGUAACGGCGGCGGUGGCAGCAAUCAAACUUUGCAGGCUCAAGAGAGGUCAUCCUAAGUUGGUGCUUUAAGGGGCGCAGUUCAGGGGUGUAAAUUAUUCGUAGGUGUUCGAAUCAGAGUUCGAAAAAUACUUUGGAUGUGUGAGCGAGAUAGAGAACGAUGCAAAUAGUCAAGCCAAAUUCCUUCUUAUUUUGAAAAUGUUUUACCUCUAGGAACUCUAGGAAUUUGUUUGGAAUAUUUCCGUAUUGAUUUUUUUUUCUGAAUAUAUUUUAUGUAAAUGAAAAAUGAUAAA